AGAACGUAUUUUAUGUCAAAACUCACAAAAUAAUUUCGCUAUAGCGGUUGAAAUUUUGUUUACAGUUCUAAUCAGAAAAUCAGGUCAAGUAAAAACAGCAGAUAUUUUUGUUCUCUACAUUAUAUCAUGUUUAGCAAGAAAAAGAAAGAAGACGAUCCAGCAGUACUGCAUCCAAGUCAAAACGAUGAUUCCAGGGUCGUAGUCAUUCCAAUUGAUGAGAGUCAGCAUGCAGAGACAGCAUUUGAUUGGUAUAUGAAGAAUGUACGUAAGGGGACUGAUAAGUUGAAGUUGGUUCAUUGUUAUGAACCACCUCCCCCUCCCGCAUCAAGUUACCCUGCCUUCCGAACUACAAAUCGGUAUUUAAAAAAUCAAAGAAAACCGAAUGAUAAAGUUAAACUAGUACAUUGUGCAGAACUAGAACAACCUAGUGGGGCCUACUAUCCCGAUUAUGCUGUCCCUCCCGAGGCAUGGCAGGACCAGAUUGAGAAGAGCAAGGAUAGAGUUCACAAACUCAUGGAGAAGUAUGAGAAGAAAAUGAAAGACAGCAAGGUAUCGGGCAGUGUCUACUCAGAGAUGGGCAGGGCAGGAGAAUGUGUAUGUAAGGUAGCUGACAAGAGCAAUGCCAACUUGAUCAUCAUGGGCAGUAGGGGCUUAGGUAUGGUACGCCGUACUGUGAUGGGAUCAUGCAGCGAGUAUGUCUUGCAUCAUAGCAAGGUUCCAGUAACUAUCAUACCCAAAGAAGAUCCUAACAAAUACAUAUAGGAAUACUGUUGAUGCCUUCUAGCAUGACCACAUCAUGGCUGUUGUUACCACUGGCUUGUCGUAUGAAAUAAAAGGAUUUGAGAACAUUUUUGAUUCACACUAUAGUGACUAGAACCUUUUAGCAGGAUCAUGUAUUGUUAACUGUUGAUUUUGAAACAAUUAAAUCCCCAACUCUAUUCAUAAACAUAAACCUGCCAAAGACAAACACUCGUUUUCCUAAUUCAAUAAAUAUUUGUUUUCAACGAUUGAAAUAGAGUUUCUGUGCUAUGAGGAGGCUGUGAAAUGCAGUUUUAAGUUUCAAUAACAGUCCACUUCAUAAUUAUUGUAAAGUGGGAAUAAAAAUAUAUUUUAGUUGGAUUGUAUUUUAGUGGAGAACGUAAACGUGAAGUUUCUGCUGUUUUCCCACUCAGGUGAUGUUGAAAUUGACUGUUAAGAAUCAAAAACAUAUCUGUAAAUAUUUAUGUUAAAUGGGCUCGGUGUCUAUUUCAGACCCUUUAUACCUCAGAAUAAAAAAUCUGAAAAACCAAAAACCUGCUCCAGGAUUUAACUUUUGAUUCAAACCUCAUUCCCUGUUAAUAUUCCAUUUUGAAAAAGAUGCUCAUAUUGAUUUAGUUCAAUCAAAUUUGAAAUAUGCCUGCACCUUUUUUUCAAUUUUGAACCAGCAAUGGGGUGAGAACCUGUAUAAUUUACAUCAAAAAGAAAG